AUUAGAACUUAACCUGAAAGCACAUCGAAGAAUGUGAAAAGUAAUACUUUUUGAAUGCAUCCUUUUAUUUGCAUCCUCGUGUGUGUGUCAUAAGUCAUGUGAAGCACGCGUGUAAUUAUUGAGAGCGCGAUUAUCUGUCAGUAUUUUUGAUAGUAUCAUAAACCUUUAAGUAAUUUUCUCAAUAUUCGAUUCAGCUUGAAAGCUGUUAAGAUUGUUGUUUUGGAAUUCAGUGAAAAAAUAGUUUUCGUUGUGUAAAAUAAAAAUGAGUGGAAAAUCACAAGGAACAACGAUUAACGGAAAAAGGUCAUCAGUUAAUUCCAUUCAACAUCAAUGUGAGUCAUCAGCUCAACAUUUUGGUCUUAUUGAGUACAUCUAUGAAUCAUGGAACUCGGUAUCUAAAGAACUAGAUUCAUGCCAUAAUCAAUCGCAUGGAGAUGCUCAAAGCUAUCGAAAUGGAGCAUCUGUUUCAUAUUACCAAGAACGAGAGCCCAAUCCUCAACUUAAGGAUUUUCAGCCUUUCAAUUUAGAAGCUUGGUGGGGUCAGAGAGUAGUUCAAAGUAUUACUAGAAAUACUAAUUCUUAGUGGCAAGUUUUUGACUAGGACCAUAGCCGAAUACCUAUUAAAAAUUAUAACAAAUUAUGAAGAAAAGCGACUUUAUUAUUGUAUUUAGUGUAUUGAUUAUAAAGGUAACUAAAUUAAGUUACUAAAUCAUUAAGAAUUCAAUUCUCCAAAGAAGUUAGACUAAGUGAUCAAAUUCACAAUCAUAUAUCUAUGUAUGAAAAAAUACCAGCUGCGAUUAUUGAUUGGCAGAUUCUCAAAAUUUCAAGAGACCCAUUGACACUAUUCCGAAAAACAAUUUUUUACUUGCACGAAUGCUAACAUUCCUUUUUACAAUUAAUGAAAUUAAAAUAUUGAUCAUUUAUUUAAAUAUUGUAUUUUAUUCUCCAGUAAAUUUAAAUUCAUCAGUCAAAAAAAUUCAAUCUGGAGAUAUUUUAUUUCGAAUUUUAUUUUUAUUUUUUAUUUUUAAGCAAUAAGCCGAGAUUUGAUUCUUAAAAAAGUAUUUUUAAUAAAUAACAUGUAAUUAGGGAUAAAUAUAUUUUGUGUUUAUAACAGUUAA